AUGGCUGCACAACUUCGCCUUCAAGAUUCCAAGGAGAAAUUCCAAACUGCGUAUGACUACGCCGUCAGUCAAAAGGAAGAAGCUGAGAAAAACUACAAGUUUGAAAAAGAUGAGGGACUUACCCAGCAUAGUUUUGAGGCUUGGGCAGUCAUGAAUGCACCCGCCUACAGUGCUACCAUUCAACAAUACCAAGCUGCUAGAGCUGUAUACGAGGCUUCACUUCACGCAGUUGAUGAGCAAGCUGCUAGGUCUUGGCAGGAAAAGGUCAGACAAGCGGUGAUUGACAACAAGCUCAACUACAACAUAUUGAUCGGACCUGAUGAAUGA